CAACGGCCGACCGUAAUCCUGACGCCCUAUAUUGUCAUAACCAAUAGACGAUUGAUGCCACCGAGUCACAAUGAGCAGCCAUGAUGAACACGCUAAGAGCGAUCCCUCGGAUAUCUACUACAACCUCGGGUCUUUCCAUCGACCAGUGAGCACCACAAGCCACCAGGCUCAGACUUGGUUUGAUCGCGGGCUUGUGUGGACCUAUGCAUUCAACCAUGAAGAGGCAGUCAACUGUUUCCAGCAGGCUAUUACGCAUGAUCGGAAAUGUGCCAUGGCAUACUGGGGCCUGGCGUAUGCGUCGGGCCCAAACUACAAUAAGCCUUGGCAGUUCUUUGAUCAGCAGGAACUGGAGAUGACAGUCAAACGCACUCAUCAAGCCGUUGCUGACGCUGGAAAAAUUGCAGCCACGGCGACUCCCGUGGAGUCGGCACUCAUUGGCGCUCUGCAGCAUCGAUAUCCGCAGGUGCACCCGACGGCGGACUGUUCCUCGUGGAAUCACAGCUAUGCAAAUGCCAUGACCUCGGUUUACCGGAUCUUUGCUGACGACUUGGACGUUGCAACGCUGUACGCCGACGCUUUGAUGAAUCUUACCCCGUGGGAGCUGUGGGAUUUGAAGACUGGGCAGCCGGCUGGAAACGCCCGCACCAAUGAGAUCAAGACAGUCCUCGAUCGAGCAUUGGCACAAGACGGAGCUCUCCGCCACCCGGGCCUUCUACACAUGUACAUCCAUUUGAUGGAGAUGUCGGGCACCCCCGAGACCGCGCUCACGGCCGCAGACUACUUGCGUGGAUUGGUGCCAGAUGCCGGCCACCUGAAUCACAUGCCCACCCACUUAGAUAUUCUGUGCGGCGACUAUCGACGAGCCAUCGCGUCCAACUCCGAAGCAAUCAGGGCGGAUGAGCGAUUUCUGGCGCGGGCAGGGCCUGUAAAUUUCUACACCCUCUACAGGUCACAUAACUACCAUUUCCGCAUCUAUGCUGCCAUGUUCGCCGGUCAGUCUAGGGUUGCAUUGGAAACGGCGAAGGAGUUGGAAUUGUCGAUCCCCGAGGAGCUUCUCCGUGUCGAGUCCCCGCCCAUGGCCGAUUGGCUAGAGGGCUUCUUAGCAAUGAAGGUGCAUGUGUUGAUCCGGUUCGGAAGGUGGCAAGACAUUUUUGAUCUUCAACUUCCACAAGACACCGACCUUUAUUGCGUGACGACGGCGAUGAUACACUACGCCAAAGGUGUCGCAUUGGCGGCCACCGGCAGAGUGGAAGAGGCGGAUACGACACGGAGCAUUUUCCGGGAGGCCAAGAACCGGGUAGGAGAGAGUCGUAUGCUGUUCAACAAUCGUUGCGUGGAUAUACUGGCGGUUGCGGAUGCCAUGUUAGACGGGGAGCUGGAGUACCGUCGCGGGAAUUUCGAUGCCGCUUAUGAGCAUUUGCGAAAGUCGAUUGCUUUAGACGAUGGACUGCCCUACGAUGAGCCUUGGGGAUGGAUGCAGCCGACCCGACAUGCGUAUGGCGCCCUUCUUCUUGAGCAAGGGCAUGUGGAACAAGCGGCCGCAGUAUACGGAGCGGAUCUGGGCAUGGACGACACUCUGCCACGACCAUUGCAACACCCGAACAAUGUAUGGGCACUGCAUGGCUACUACGAGUGCUUGAGCAAGUUAGGGCGAACCGCUGAAGCAGGCAUCGUGAAACAACAGCUGAAGCUGGCGGCUGCGACGGCUGAUAUUCCGAUUCAAUCAUCCUGCUUCUGUCGCCGGAGCGUUGAUCCAGCAUAGACAGGUAGACACGGAGUGUUUGAAAUGAUGAGCCAUGAAGACAGACAUAGUUUGAUAUAUCGACAUCAAUUGUAGCGAUUUAGGUUUUGUCGCUGACAUGCAUAGUGGUACAGUGCAUAUGCCGGACAGCAUGCAUGUGUAACGCAAGGCAUGAAUCACGUACA